AUGGCUGAAACCGAAAAGAACCCUCGACAGGUCGACCCCAGGGGUCCCCGAAUCUCCCCAGAAGGGUUCAAGUUAGUGUGGGGAGAUUGCAACUCCAACGAUCCUAGCGAGCUGGACUGUUUCUUGGAAACUUUGGAUCCACGUAAGACAAAUCUCCGAGAUGGUCGUCGAUUUGGAUUCGAAGUUGCUAUGCGCGGCGGCCAUUACAAAAUGCUAGAACACCUUCUAAACAACAAGAAUGUCUCCAUUGACAGCUCGAUAGUGGGAUCAGCUUUGAAAAUAGGAUCAAUCCCACGUCUCAACUUUCUCCGGGAGAAUGGAUGGGAAGAUACGAAUAUGGGGUUGAACCGGAGCCCUGGAUACCCAAAUCUUGGCCCUUUCAGCACAGUGGCAGUUGGGUUCUACGGUCGCGACAAAUUAGUCCCUAACUCGGGCGCGAUUCUUCAAGCGGCAAUCUCGCGUGGGAACAUCGAGAGUCCAGACAGUCCGAUAGCUCAUGGGGCUAUCCUCGCAAACGCCAAAUCCGUGCAUACUGCCGUCAAGAGCGGGAGCGAGGACAUGAUGCUUACGGGCCAUGGUUAUUGCGAUAUACCGUCAAUGCGGGCGAUCAGGGAAGGUAAUACGGGCAUGGUUCGGAUUCUGCUUAAGAAGGGAGCUAGCAUGAUUGUGAGGGGCAGAAAAAUGCUAGAAGUAGUGAAAGAGGGAUGGGUGGAUCAGGGUAUUAGAAUGAUGGUUGAAAGUCAUUUACAUGAGAGAACUGUGAAGAAGAAGGGGAAGAGGAGUGUUGUGGCUGAUGAAAGAAACGACGGAGAAGAGGACGCGAAGAUCAGUUGA